AUGGCUGACCACCUGAUGCUCGCCGAGGGCUACCGCCUAGUGCAGAGGCCGCCGCCGGCCGCUACCAACCACGGCCCUCACGGGAUUCGGACUCUGCAACCGUACGCGGGCCCGGGUAUGGACAGCGGGCUGCGGCCGCGGGGAGCUCCGUUGGGACCGCCCCCGCCCCCACCCGGGGCCGUGUCCUACGGGGCCUUCGGGCCGCCGUCCUCCUUCCAGCCUUUUCCGGCCGUGCAGCCGCCGACCGCCGGCAGCGCGCACCUGCAGCCUGUGGCGACACUGUACCCAGGCCGCGCGAUCGCAGCCCCGGGCGCCCCCGGAGGCCCCCCAGGCCCGCAGCCACAGCCCGCCGCCGUGGCCCCGCCGCCGCCAGCGCACGUCCUGGGCGGCAUCGACGCCGCCGAACUCAUCGACGAGGAGGCGCUGACGUCGCUAGAGCUCGAGCUCGGGCUGCACCGCGUGCGCGAGCUGCCCGAGCUCUUCUUGGGCCAGAGCGAGUUCGACUGCUUCUCGGACUUGGGGUCGGUGCCUCCCGCCGGCUCGGUGAGCUGCUGA